AUGGAUGAUUACAGCCUAUAUUAUGACCCUAAAACUAAGGAAAAGUCAUUCAAAAGAUUUGCACCAAGAGAUAACGAAGAUCUUCCUUCACUGGACUUCAACAAUUUCCAAUUCAAUCCUGGAGAUGACAGUCCUUUAAAGUAUGCCUGUGAACGUGUCGUAGAGGAGAAUGAUGAAGAAAUACUUUCACUUGUUACCCAGGAGGCUUCCAAUUUUGCUUACAAGCUGUGCACUGAGAUAGCAGGUACUGUUUAUGAUAUUGCUAAUACUGCUGCAUAUUUUUCACUACUAUGCCAGCUCUGUUAG